CCAGAAAUCCUGUUACAACAUUUUAAUUGUGUAGAUUCUGAUUUAUCUUCUUAAUGUAUAGACAGUGGGGACCAAAGCCAUGUUUUCACUUUGUCAUUAUGGAUUAUUAAGUGGACACGAUGGACGGGAAGGUUAAGGAACAGAAGCGACAUCAGCAGAAGCACAGUGGACCCAAGGCGGAGAGGAAGAAGCUGAAGAAGCAGGGAGGCUCAACGGAGGAGGAUGAACGCAAACGCAACCCCAAAGCGUUUGCGGUUCAGUCCGCUGUCCGCAUGGCCAAGACCUUCCACAGGGCCCAGGACAUAAAGGCCAAAAAACAUCACAUCCCCCUUGUGGAUCGGACUCCCCUGGAGCCGCCUCCGGUUGUGAUUGCAGUUGUCGGGCCCCCCAAGGUGGGAAAAAGCACCCUCAUUCGCUGCCUGAUCAGAAACUUCACCCGGCAGAAGCUGGGGGACAUAUGUGGACCUGUGACCAUUGUCUCCGGAAAGAAGCGUCGCCUUACUUUCAUGGAGUGCAACAACGACAUAAACACUAUGAUUGACCUUGCAAAAGUAGCUGACCUGGUUUUGAUGCUGAUCGACGCCAGCUUCGGCUUUGAGAUGGAGACUUUCGAGUUUCUCAACAUCUGUCAGGUGCACGGCUUUCCUCGCAUCAUGGGUGUGCUGACUCACCUGGACUCGUUCAAGAACAACAAGACGCUGAGGAAGACGAAGAAAAACCUCAAACAUCGCUUCUGGACCGAGGUCUACCAGGGGGCCAAGCUGUUCUAUCUGUCUGGCAUGGUUUAUGGUGAAUAUCAGAUUCAGGAAGUGAAGAACCUCGGCCGCUUCAUCUCAGUCAUGAAGUUCCGUCCUCUGGUGUGGCAGACCUCCCACCCUUAUGUGCUGGUUGACCGUAUGGAGGACCUGACUGACCCUGAGAGGGUGAGAACAGACCCCAAAUGCGACCGGACUGUGUCACUCUACGGCUACCUGAGAGGGACAUAUUUGAAAAACAAAGGCCAGGUCCAUAUCCCAGGUGUCGGAGACUUUCAGGUGGCGGACGUAAACUUCCUGCCUGACCCGUGUCCUCUGCCCGACGCUCAGAAGAAGAGGGCACUGAACGAGAAGGAGCGCCUGCUCUAUGCACCCAUGACUGGGGUCGGAGGGGUCGUGUACGACAAAGAUGCCGUGUACAUCGACCUUCCUGCCAACCACGUCAAUCAGCAGCAGGAGGAGGUGAGGCCCACCACAGAGCUGGUCCAGUCUCUCAUCGACACACAUGCCACCCUGGAUGAAAAGAUGGCUGCCAGUAAAGUGUCUCUGUUCAGCGGCUCUGCCAGCCUGGACCCCGCAAACGUGGACCAGCAGAGCGGAGAGAAGGAGGGUCCUCACGAGAAGCUUGUCUGGGAUCCCAACACCCAGAGAGAGAGGAGGGCGGUGGUCUUCGCUGAAGAGGAGGAGGAAGGUGACGUCAGCGGCGAUUCCAGUGAUGAUGAGGACAGUGACCAGGAGGAGGGGGAGGAUGAAGAGGACGAAGAGGACGAAGACGAGGAUAACCUUUCCACAUUUCUCAAAGAGGCAAGAGCCAAAUCUGAAAGGACGGACGUAACAGGCAGCGCCCCGCCAGUGAAGAAACAGAAACUAGAGGAGAAGAAAGGAGAGAGGAGAGGAGCGAUCGCCGAGGAGGUGCCGGCGUUUGCCGACAGCGAAGAUGACCUGGAGAUGAGUGAGGAGAGCGGGGAGGCUGGGAGAGCAGGAGACUCUGGACACUGUUCUGAGGAGGACGAGGAGGAGAGCGAUGAUGAAGAGGAGGAGGAGGAUGAGGAAGAAGGGUCUGAUGAUGAAUCAGUGGAGGAGGAUGGUGCGGCUGAAGCUGCAGAGAAGGAACAGACAGCGAGUGAGAGUGAUGGAGAGGAGGAGCAGGGGGCUCUGAGGUGGAAGGAGGGUCUGCAGCAGAGAGCAUCGGAAGCGUUUCUACGGCAACAAGAGGCUGCCCCCAAUCUGAGAAAACUGGUCUACGGCUCAGUUGUAGAGGCGGGUGAUUCGGAGGACGAGGAGGAGGAGGAGCUGGGGGGGCUGUUUCGCGUCAGUCGCCCUCAAAACAGCAAAAAGUUCAAGGCUAACGCUGUGGACUGCUCCCGUUUCAACCCGGACACCUCCCACGACUGGGACCUGGAGGAGAUGUUGAACUCCAUCAGGGACUGCUUUGUAACAGGGAAGUGGGAGGACGGACAAGAUGCAGCCACACUACUGAAGCAGGAUGAGGAGCUGUAUGGUGACUUUGAGGAUUUGGAAACAGGCGAAAUCCACAAGGGACAAACUGGACAGGAGGAUCAGGCCGAGCUGAAUAGUGAGGAGGAGGAGGAUGAUGAAGCUGAGAAGAGUCUGGUGAAGGUGGAUGACGAGCAGGUCCAGAAGAACAAGCGUCUAGAGAAGAAACGCAGACUGAAGGAGCGAUUCGAUGCAGAAUAUGACGACGGAGACGCCACUUACUUUGAUGAUCUGAAGGAGGAGAUGCAGAAGCAGGCUGAGCUGAACAGGGCAGAGUUUGAGGAUGUGGACGAUGAGACCAGGGUGCAGUAUGAAGGCUUCCGGCCAGGGAUGUACGUCAGAUUAGAAAUCUCCUCUCUCCCGUGUGAAUUUGUCACCAACUUUGACCCCCAUUACCCCAUCAUCCUCGGAGGUCUGGGCUCCAGUGAAGGCAACAUAGGAUACCUGCAGAUGCGACUAAAGAAACACCGCUGGUACGAGCGCAUCCUGAAGACACGGGACCCCCUCAUCCUGUCCUUAGGCUGGAGGCGCUUCCAGACCAUUCCCCUCUACCACAUCGAAGAUCACAACGGUCGCCACCGCCUGCUCAAAUACACACCGCAGCACAUGCACUGUGGAGCCUCCAUCUGGGGUCCCAUCACUCCACAGGGCACUGGUUUCCUGGCUGUGCAGUCAGUAGCAGGAACUAAAGCUAAUUUCCGGAUUGCAGCCACGGGGGUGGUUCUGGAUCUGGAUAAAUCAGUGACCAUAGUGAAGAAGCUCAAACUCAUCGGUUACCCCUACAAGAUCUUUAAGAACACGUCCUUCAUUAAGGGCAUGUUCAACACAGUGCUGGAGGUCGCUAAAUUUGAAGGUGCUUCUGUACGAACAGUGUCAGGGGUCAGAGGUCAGAUCAAGAAGGCGUUGUCCACGCCACCAGGAGCUUACAGAGCCACGUUUGAGGACCGCCUGCUCAUGAGUGACAUUGUGUUUCUGCGCUCCUGGUUCCCGGUAUCCGUCCCACAGCUGUACAACCCUGUCACCUCUCUGCUGCUCCCUGUUGGUCAGAAGGACAACUGGGAGGGGAUGAGGACCCUGGGCCAGCUCAAACACGACCUGGGCAUCCGCAACAAACCCAACAACGACUCUCUGUACAAGCCGGUUGUCCGAGCCAAAAGGCACUUCAACCCCCUCCACAUCCCCAAGGAGCUCCAGAAGGCCCUGCCCUUCAAGAGCAAACCCAAACAGCAGCAACCCAAAGGAAAGACGCCCAGAGACCUGCAACGUCCCAGCGUGAUCAGAGAACCUCACGAGAGGAAGGUGGCGGCCCUGCUCCACGCUCUGAGCACAGUUCACAACCACAAGAGGAAGAAAGCCCACACGGUGCAGCACACCAAACACAAGGAGUUCCUGCAGCAGAAGGAGAAACAGGAGGAGGCCAAGAUGAAGAGACAGAAGGAGGCACGGAAAAAAUUGUACCGUGUCAUGGGCCAGAUGGACCAGAAGAAGCACAGAUCCAGUCUGAAGGGGGCACCACAGGACGAUUGACUCUCUGUAUCCGGACUAAUGGACUCUUAGCAUGUUUUUCAUGACUCUGGCAGGUUCAUUUUGAUUCUGUUUUUCUUUAUGUUUUGAACUGAGAAUUUGCUGUAAAGAAAAAUAUAUUUGACUUUUGGAGCUUAUUUUAAUAAAACUUGAUAAUAAUGUCGAAACAUGUGACCUCAGUCCAGCAACUUGAAGUUUUCAGCUGUAAAAGUGUCAGUGAGUGUCUGUGUGUGUCAGUUGCAUCAGGGUUUAACCCUUAAAUAGUUUUAUUUUUUUAAAUUUCCCCGCCACCAUCAAGUUUUCUGUCUAUGGUGGACAUAUUCCAAGACUUAUCAGUGUCUGUGGGGGAAUCCCUCCUCAUGUUGAUGGGUGAUUUUG